AUGCAAGUCAACCGUGAAUUAUUUCUUCGAAUUCUUGUCGGCAUAUAUUUCAUAUUCGUCAGCAUAAUAUUGCUGGCAGAUUGGCUACCUCAGUCGUAUCUACUCAAUCAAGGAACUAUAUUAGUGCUUGGUCUCUUGGCUAUUAGACAGCCGCAACGUAUGAUCGAAAUCGAACUUCUUAUGUUAACCACAUGCAUCUCAAUUAUUAUUGAUUCAGUUGCUAUUGGAAUGUAUUUUGAAAUCGGAAAAUCAAGAUAUAAUAAUCUCGCGAAAAGCGGAUACUUUAGCAUUAGUGCAUGCUUUGCAAUCAUUCUUCUCAUCUUAAAACCCAUCAUACUCAUGUGUUUGCAAAAAAUUCGACAGGCACGUAUUAAUGAUGAAGUGUUCGAUACAUAUGCAACAAGAUCCGGAUACAUACCAGUGAUGGAAAAUUGA